GAAAGAUUCAACGGGAAGUGGUGGAGUUUGAUUCUGGUUGUCUUGCCGUUGCUCCUUAUUUUUCCCAAUAUUAAACCUUAGGGGAGGGAUCCUUGUGUGCUGUCGCACAACUACGGUAGACUACAGGCUGUACUUUCCGACUUGCGCUGUUUGAGUUGAGCAGGCAGCGCAGGGUCUACACGAGGAUACUCAAAAAUAGCUUUCAAAGGCGAUUAGGCAUGACGGAUACUGACGGAGGGGCUCCGCGGGACUCUACGUAAAGAUGAGAAUUCCUCCGGCGAGGCAACCAUAAUGAGAAAGAUGAACACCUGGAGUGUAAUGCACCAGCCAGGUGUAAAUAAAGUGUGGGCGCUGGGCGCUUGCCAGACUGGAUGAGGUGAGAACUGAGAAGGAAACCCACCAAGAAGAAAACACCACCUGGGACUGCUGAGAAGGACCUCCGUGCAGGUUCACACGGCCGUCGGCAGGGUGGAGCUUCCUGACCCAUGGAGAAUUAUUUCCAGGCCGAAGCCUUCAACCUGGACAAGGUGCUGGACGAGUUUGAGCAGAACGAAGAUGAGGCUGACAAUCCCAUUCUCUCAGAUGCCAAGUGGACCCAGAUUCUGGCCCCACCAGCCCAUCUGCUAUCUUUGAACCCCGCCCUGGCCCACGCAGACCUCAGCCCCCGGGAGAGUCCGCUGCCCUUCAAGACUCUCCCCGACUCUUCCUCCAGUGCCUCCCCGGGGGCCAACCCCAAAAGACACCCUGGUCCUGAGCCUCCAUCUUGGGCUGAGGAGAGGCCGGCAGACGUCCACAGCCCACCUCUCCCCCAGCCCAACAUCGGCAAACUGGUGGGCACAGAUGACCUCUCACCGCCUCCAGUGACGGCCAGUAAUACUGUGGAGAACGGCUGCCCCGCCAGCCCUGCUAUCCCACAACUUGAUGGGCUCAGAGAGGAGAUAAACUCUCUCUUGGACAACAAGCCUGGUACUUCUGACCAGGAGGGUAAACCACAGCAGGAAGAGAGAGUUGCCUCAGUAGGAGGAGGAGAAGGUGGCUCUGAUGUCAGUCACACUCACUUUACCUUUGAAGUUGGAUUAGAGCAGGAAGAAACUAACUCACAGAAAAUUCAUCCAAAUGUGGAGGCAACAUUACAAAAUGGGGACAGUGUCAAAGCGGAAACUGUUACAGCUUUUGUAUCUUUGGAAAAUGGGCAAGAAGAACAAACUGCAGACGUAAAGGAAGAGCAUGAUAGUCUCCUAAAUAGAGGAAGGGACAUUCAGACUGCUUGUGAGGUGGAAAGGAAUGGAGUAUCUCCUUCUGACAGUGUCGGAGUGGAGGAGAAGGAAUGGAGAUGUGGUGUGGAUGGACAGAUAGACCAGCUAAGAAGCCUUCCCAAUGGUCUGGAGCUGGAGAGCAGUGGCCAUUCAAAACUUGAGGAGAAAGAUGAGGAGGACGAGGGAUUUUCUCCCUCUCCUGUUCCCUCUAAAGAGGACUCUGUCACUGAGGAAAAGGAAAUGGAGGAGAGCAAGCAAGAGAACGGUGAAGGAGGAACAGCUGGGUCAGGUAGCAUGCAACCAAAACUCAACAAUAACCGUCUGCAGCCAGUCAGCGUACCCUACGGAGGGGCACGACCGAAGCAGCCGGUCAGCCUCAAGCUCCAGAUCCCACAGCCGCUGUCAGGCCAGGUCCAAAACCAACUCUGCGCGACCACCGUCUGCAAGAACAAAAACCUGGAGAACCAGUGUCGGAGAAGCACGCCGUCUGAAAUGACGCACAGUGUGACUGAUCAGAGUGCAGCUAGGGUGAACGGGGAUGGUGUUGUGCAUGCUUCUCCCUUGAUGCCAUCAGAGAGCCCUGAUAAUGACCUCCAGGCGGGCCAGCAGGGUGCUUUAUGCAGGAAACCUGCCAGUUCUCUGGGUGAGGUCGCCCCUGUGUGGGUUCCUGACUCCCAGGCUCCCGUGUGUAUGAAAUGUGAUGUCAAGUUCACCUUCACCAAGAGGAGGCAUCACUGCAGGGCCUGUGGCAAGGUGUUCUGUGCAGCUUGCUGCAGCCUAAAGUGCAGGCUUGUGUACAUGGACAGGAAGGAGGCUCGUGUCUGUGUCACCUGUCACUCUACUCUAACAAGUGCUCCAUCAUGGGAGCCACCGGCAGCUGCAAGCAACCAGAGUCCAAACCCCAACAACCCAGCAGAGUACUGCUCCACUAUCCCCCCUCUGCAGCAGGCUCAGGCCUCCGGGGUGCUUAGCUCUCCUCCUCCUACUGUCAUGGUUCCUGUGGGAGUCCUGAAGCAGCCUGGCAAUGAGGGGUCCCUUUCCCGGGAGCAAAGGAGGGUGUGGUUUGCUGAUGGACUCCUGCCCAACGGAGACACGACAGAAUCACCUAAACCUCCAGCCUCUAACCCGGCCCCCUCACAGUCACUCUCCACGUUUUCUAACAAAUCCUCCACUUCUGAAUCCUCAGAGGCAUCCCUAACCCCUGUUGCCCCAGUGGGCAGCCCCGUGGGUAGCUCCCUCAGCCUGAUCCCGGAGGACGGGCUCCCUCCCAUCCUCAUCUCCACCGGAGUCAAAGGAGGUACGGGAGGCCACAUCACAGACUAUGCAGUGGAGGAGAGGCCGUCAGAGAUCGUCCUCAUGCAGCAGCUGGAGGAGGGCGGCUCAGACCCCCUGGUCUUUGUGCUCAAUGCCAACCUGCUCGCUAUGGUCAAGCUUGUCAACUAUGUAAACAGGAAGUGUUGGUACGUGACGACGAAGGGCAUGCACGCUGUCGGCCAGGCGGAGGUGGUCAUCCUGCUGCAGUGUCUACCUGACGAGAAGACCAUCCCCAAAGACAUCUUUACUCACUUUGUGCAGCUCUACCAGGAGGCUCUUAGUGGCAACGUGCUGAGCCACCUGAGUCACUCGUUCUUCACGCAGAGCUUCCUGGGCAGUAAGGAGCAUGGUGGCUUCCUCUACAUCAGCCCCUCCUUCCAGUCUCUACAGGACCUGCUGCUGCCCAACCCACCCUACCUCUUUGGCAUCCUGAUUCAGAAGUGGGAAACACCCUGGGCCAAAGUCUUCCCCAUUCGCCUCAUGCUGCGGCUGGGAGCAGAGUACAGAUUUUACCCAUGUCCACUGUUCAGUGUCCGCUUCAGAAAACCCCUCUUUGGAGAGACUGGUCACACUAUCAUGAACCUGCUUGCAGACUUCCGUAACUACCAGUACACGCUACCGGUGGUGAAAGGUUUAGUUGUGGACAUGGAGGUGAGGAAGACGAGCAUCAAGAUCCCAAGUAAUCGUUACAACGAGCUCAUGAAGGCCAUGAACAAGUCCAACGAACACGUGCUUGCCAUGGGGGCGUGUUUCAACGACCGUGCCGACUCCCACUUGGUGUGUGUCCAGAAUGAUGACGGGAACUAUCAGACGCAGGCCAUCAGCAUCCAUCACCAGCCUCGCAAAGUUACUGGAGCCUGCUUCUUUGUGUUCAGUGGUGCUUUGAAAGCCUCGUCGGGUUUCCUGGCAAAGACCAGCAUUGUGGAAGAUGGUGUGAUGAUCCAAAUCACAGCUGAGACCAUGGACUCUCUACGGCAAGCCCUGAGGGACAUGAAGGACUUCACCAUCACCUGUGGUAAAGCUGACCAGGAGGAGAACCAGGAGCUUGUCCAAAUCCAGUGGACAGAGGACGAUCACAACUUCAACAAAGGUGUCAUCAGUCCCAUCGAUGGGAAAUCGAUGGAGUCCAUCACCAGCGUUAAGAUCUUCCACGGCUCCGAGUUCAAAGCCAAUGGCAAAGUCAUCCGCUGGACAGAGGUUUUUUUCCUUCAAAGUGAAGAUCAACCAAACGGUUUAAGUGACCCGGCCGACCACAGCCGUCUGACAGAGAACGUAGCCAGAGCUUUCUGCAUGGCGCUCUGUCCACACUUGAAGCUGCUGAAAGAGGAUGGUAUGGCCAAACUGGGACUGAGGGUCACACUGGACUCAGACCAGGUGGGCUACCUGGCUGGAAGUAACGGUCAGCCUCUGCUGCCUCAGUACCUGAGCGACCUGGACAGCGCUCUGAUCCCCGUCAUCCACGGCGGGGCGUGUCAGCUGAGUGAGGGCCCCGUGGUGAUGGAGCUGGUCUUCUACAUCCUGGAGAUCAUCUCAUAGGGAGUCUUGGCUCGUCAUCUCUUCUCUCUUUUAUAUUUUUUAGACCUUCUGACGUCAUCUCACACCCUGGACCUCCGUCAUCUUCCUCCGACAGUUUGCACUUCAAAGAGCCCGAUAACUGUGCAGUGCCAGGCGGGGUAGCAUUCCUCCAAUCAAACCUAUGCAUCCAAAAACCACCGUGUGUUGUGCUCCAGAGGCCGCCUGGGGCCCGAGGAGGCUCUGAGCAGGAUCGUCUGUCAUGUUUCAAAUGUGGUGAACCUCACCUUACAGGUGUGUCAUCUCUGGUGCUUUGUAGAGGUCCACCAGAGAUAAACCUGUCUGACCCCAGUGUGGCAUUUAAGUGCUUAUAGUCAGUUACCCUCUUCUGAGAGCUUUCAUGUUUAGUUGAAGUCAAAUUAAUGUGGCUUUUAGACAGGGAAACGCUUUCUUGAUCUACAGCUUGAGAUAAAUCAUUAUAAUUUUACAUGGAUGUUUACAUAAAUAUUUACCCCCAGAGCAAGGUUAUACAAAAACCUUUAGGGACUAUAAUCACUUGUUGGCACAUACCUUUUUAAUACACCACUUUCUGACUCAGAGUGAAGAGAUUUGUUUCGUGUGUCACCCAGUCGGCUGUGUUAUUUAGUUUUUAAAAAGCAUGGCAAAAUUUGCAACGAUGGAUGAAGAACUCAGAUCUUUUAAUCAUGUAGCAACAUAUGAAUGUAAAAAUAAUACUUGAAAAGCAGAGACGUGCAGUUAAAAGUGAAAAUUCAUGUAUUACAAUCAUCUUGUGGAAGAAAUAAAAGAAAAAUAGAUGAUGCAGAUUUGGUCUUUCAGAAAAGAGUCACGUCUUAGGAUUGACCUAGAGUAUGUAUAGUAUUUUAAUGUUGAUGCGGAUCAGGAUGAGGCUUAUUUACUAUAAAAAUACUGAUUUAGGUGUUUUUCUAAAAGCAUUAUGUUAAAGGGGCAUUUCAUAAAAAAUACUAAUUUUUGCAUAUAUGUUGGUAUCCAUCAACCACAAAAUGUGACACUAGCCAAGCUAGUCCUUUGUUUGUGGUCCUCUUGUGCCUGAAAACACAAAAUCUGACUGUCAGUGAAGAAUCAAUGCUCCUUGUGACAACACAAUGUGUAGGGAUUUACAAUGUUGUUUUUUUUGUGAGAUCCUUAUAUUUACAAAUUAUUUUAGCCAAUAUUGAUACUUAUAUUUAUACCAAUAUAAAGACUUUAGCUGUUGUAAGUCCUUUAUUGUCCCUGUUAUUCUCUGAACACAUAUUCCAAGCUACUAAACGGCAAAAUGAAGAAAAUUAUCCUUGUGGCUACAGGUAGUUUCUAUCAGGUUUCUAUCCGUCAGUAGAAGAGUACACUUCCAUGCAGAGACAUCAUUGGUAUAUUUAUUAGUUUUUCAAAAAUAUUCUUAAAGAAGAGGACAGUGGAUAGAACCGGAAACAGGGAGGAGAGAUUUGGGAAGAGAUUUGUGAGAAAGGAGCGACAAGUCAGACUUAAACCUGGGACGCCCGUGUACGUGGGCGUGACUUAACCGUUAGGCCAUCUGUGCCCCAUUGUCUGUGUAUUUGCAGAUACAUGGACAUCCAUCACGUUCAUACAUGAAAAUGAGGGAUAAUUUGCCUUUAAAAAGACACAUUGAAUCUUAGAAAGGUUUUGUAGAGCUGGUUUAUACAGGGUCAAAAACCUCCUCAGGUGCUUAAUCCAUAGUAUUUAUGCUAUUAUAACCCAUAUUGUGACCAAAGCCCAGCACGAAUGUUGAUUUAAGCCACAGAAGAGUGUGUUAAAGGGUAGAGAAGUGGUAUGAUAUGUCACAUUUAAGUCAUAUCUCUUUCCAACCACAUACCCCAUGAUUUAUUGUUCAAUCUAUUUAGUAUAACUUGUGAGUUUUAAAAAUAUUAUAAUUUAAUACUUGUUGUGUAGUUGAAGGUAAAGAAAAUCCCCUUGAAAUUUAGGGUAUUCUAUAUUUUUUUAUGAAAUGUUCUAUUGCAUCUUUAUUCAAUACACAUCUAAUAACAUAAAAACUAAAGUAGACUCAGGAGUUAAAAUUAAGACUACACUAAAGGAGCCAGAACUACACAUCAUAUCCUGAUGACUGAUUCAGUUUUACAGUGAAAAAGUAAAGAUAAUUGCAGCUUCAAGACAUGAAAACUGAAGGAAAUCUGUCCAAAAUAAAGACAAAAGUCCACUACUGAUGUAGCAGCUAAUAGUGAAACUUGGGGGUGGAUAUUUAUGCAUUCAAAUGUUAUUUUUCCUCUAAAAGGCUCUUCUCUGUUGAGUAGCCCCUUUAGAUUUACUUUCAUUCAAAGCUGUACAACAAUCAAACAUGAAUACUCUCAGCGUGGGUCAAUACGUCUCAUAGGCAUCGUUAUGUAGCUGCUUUGGUUCCCACUAACUCGUCACUGUGGCAGCCGGCGCUCCUGAAGCUCUGAAAACUAUCAGCAAAGGCCUCUGUGUAGCAGGGAUGCUCUGAAACAAGGAAAAGUCAGAUCCACCGCUGAAAAGUCCAGACUAUUAUAAAGGAAAGCUACGACCCGUCAGAUAAGGAGCUGGUGAUGCGUCAGCGUGUUUUUCUUUUGGAUUUUCUUUGCACCAAGGUGCUCAGUGCCUGCAGCAACGAAUCAUGAGAAAAAAAAGAGACAACUCUUCAUCUUCACCUCUUAAGCUUUACUCAAAAGUCACCAUAUGCUUUACUUCAUGGACAAAUCCACGUGUUGUACAUAAUUUUGUAGACGUAAAUAACUCCUCCAUUAAAACUCUUUAGCCUCCAGAGCUCGGAGUUAAAGACAGGAAGCAAAUCAUGGACCGAUCAGACUGACGCUCUGUGGAUCAAGACUACACGUUCACGCUGAAGACCCUUUUGUCCCACUGUAGACAGCUGGUUUAAAAAAAGGUUCCAAUGCUUUAUUGAUAAUCUGUACAUAAGCGAAUUUUUAAUCUCAUCAACUCAUCUUCAACAUCAUCAGCGCCUGUUGUUUGUCCAUCAUUGGCUGGAGAAGCCACUCAAGAUAUUUUGGUCUUUUUAAUCCUAAAAAGAGAAUAACUGAAGAUGUAAAGAUCUAUAUAUAUAAAUACAGUAUAUAAAUGAAUAAAUAUCUAUAUAAGAACUGUAUUAAAUUGCAGAAGCAGUGCACUGGAUUCUAAGCCAUUUACAGGAGAGUUGAAGCAAACGAUGAGGAGGCUGCUGAGUCCUGGAAGUUUCUCUUUUCAGCUGCAGAGAAACAAAGUUGUAAAGAUCCAGGGUUCCUGCAGAAAUAUGAGUUUGAUCAACCUGAAGCUGAAUGUAUCUCAUCUCACAUUUCCUGCAGCGAAUUGUCUUUCCAAAAUCCUGUCAUCACCAACGUCCUGUUCAAGACUUUGCAGCCCUGCUUAGGAACCCUGUAGACUGAUACGUUGUCUUCUAAAGGCCUCAACUGUUUUUUAAAAUAUAUUUGUCUUUACUCUAGACUGUGCUCUCCUGCAGCUACAUGGACCUGGAAAAAUGUAAGAAUGUAUUCCUCCCGAUUCUGUUUGAAUCUGCUACAUGUGUUUGUCCACCUCUGGCUACUAGGGUUGUCACAAUACCAGAAUUUAAAACCUUGAUAUGAUGAUAGUAAACAAUAAAUCAUCACUUCAUUUCAAUACUACAGCAACAAAAACAGAAGUCCUCGGCACAGACAGCGUUGGAUAGUGUUACUUUUGAAACGAAUUGUUGGAUUACUGCGUUACGUACUAAGGAAAUGUGUUGUUACAUUACCUAUUGAUAGAAGUUUACACAUUAAGAGAACUUUUGCAUUGCCAAAUAUCGAAACCCUUGAACCACUCUGUCAUUGAUAACUGUCACUGAACAGCCUAAUUUACAACCUAUAGUCUGUAACUCUACAGUCUGAUAACACCACUGACAGACUUGAAAACCUUUACAGCUCUUUAACGUGCUCGCUAUCUGACAGGGUCAUACACACGCAUGUAAUUGGAAUGGCUGCACAGUUGAUUCAAUGAGGAGCUUCUGUUUUUGGGAAUUACCUUUGAAAAGGUAACUAAUAAUGGAUUACAUUGAUUGAAAAUCUAGUUCCAAAGGUUUCAGAGCAUCUGUUAAGUUACAAAAAACUAACUUCCUCUCUCUUGGUACUAUCUGGAGGGUCUAUUUUGAAUAGCCCAGCGUGCUUAAUAUUUUCUUUUAUUCAAAGAAAAAAAACAAGGAGAUCUGGCCUGAAGUUUGGCUCAUAAUUGUGGUGUGUAAGGCCAGCUAAAGCUGAUGUGAGAAUUUCUGCUCCCUCUUGAUUUUGAUUGGUCAUUUAGAAGUAACACUGAUGAAUGCAGCACUCCCAGUUUAACUAUUUUCAAUCGAGAGCACCCCGACAAAAAAUGUUAGACGAUCAGGAUACCGAGUGCUGUAAACGCUGAACUACAUUAGUUUUAAGUGCUGUGGUUGUGGACACGGGACCUUUUUACUAUAAAAAAUGAUCAACAAACUCCUGCGCACAGUCAGUGGUUCUCAGCUGGUCUUGCCUCAGGACCCACCGCCUCUCUUAAAGAGAGGUCAUGACCUAAAAUUAAGAAAGUUUUCAGUCAAAAUGUAAUAAUGAAAAUGUUGCAGACCAGACAGAGAUGUUUUAAAAGCGAUCAUUGCAGAAGCCCUUAGGGGACAUGCAUGCAUACAUUUCAUUUAAUUGCGUUUUCAGGUGAAUUGACAUGACAAUUGUGGUUGUUUUCCAGAGAUCACAAUAACACGAAUAGCUUUGUUUUAGCAAAAUGAUGAGAUAAAUAAGUCAAAAACUCAAGAAAAAAAAUUGCAAAUUCUCAUAUCAAAGUGGAGAAAAUUGAAAUAUAUGGAUGGUGUCUGCUUAGGGCCUCUGGACAAUAUAGGCUUUCAGGCACAUUUUAUUUAAAGGCAUGUAUUUGCAACCCACUUUCUGAAUCCACCAGUUGAGAACCUCUUGUCUAAAUUGUAUAAAUAUGAAACAUCAAUGCAUUUGUGUAGAUGGUGAUGAGCUGGAGUUUUAUCAGUUUUUGAUGGAUCUUGUUUUAAAGCUUCUGUACCUUUUCAACACUAUCAAUCAUAAAAUAACAGAUGGUCUGAUUUUGGACAUUUGGACAACCUUACUGGCUACACUAGUCACCAUCAUGGCUUGACACUCUGUACAGUCAUCAUCAACACUGUGUGACAGUUUCCCAUCUUUAAUCAUGCUAAUAUAAAACCAGAAGGGGCUACACUAAAAGUACUGUCACUACAGUACUAGAGGUUUUAACAAAACAAUCUCAACAUCACAACGAGAAUCAGACAAUCAUGAAAAUCUGCAGACGAGCCGGCGCU